CAUCCGUGCGUUAGGGGGCGCUGUGACUCAUUUGCGCAUCAUCACCAGCGAAGAAGACUGGAGACAACACGAGGAGGUUUAUAUGUUACUACCGAAAACAGGAAAACUCUUCUGGGUCGUCAUGCACGUUUGUCAGCGAUGUGUGAGUUUGUUGCUCUCGAGGCCUUUAUCUGCAGCUGGCCAGCACCAGCGCUCACAUCUCAUACUGCUGCAGCACAGCACCAGACAGCCGCCCGUCCACAGACUCUCACAGGGACACAGCAGAGAGACAUGGAGACACUUCACGGACCACCAAGCUGGUUCACCAGACGUCUCUAAUAAGACUGAUCUUGCACAGAAAGAGGUUGUGCCAUUCAAUUCUGACGUGCAUCGAAUAUCAAGCCAAGUGUCUCUUUCAGAUAGUCAAAGUAUAGAUUUGGAUGUGGCUGUGCGCGCUUCUCCGCUUCAGGAAAUCAGCGAGGAGGAAGCAGUCCAGAUCCAAGUACCUUCUGCCCUUCCACCAGAAUCUUCCACACUCAGACCUUAUGUGGAUAAAUCAGAAACUCUCAGCAAACUGGUUCAGCUCGGUGUCAAUCUCUGGGAACUAGAACAGAGACCCAAUGUGGGUUCCAUGCUGGUUAGACUUGACUUUCAUGCCGAUGUUGCACCCAGACUACUCUUCCUCAAAGAUUUGGGAGUUGAGGAGUCUAAACUGGGCCGACUGCUCACCAAAAACCCCUUUAUCCUGACAGAAAGCCUGGACAACCUUGAAGCCAGGGUGUCCUACUUGAAGUCAAAUAAGUUCAGUAAGCAGUCUGUGGCUGUUAUGGUGACCAAAGCUCCAUACCUGCUUAACUUCAGUGUUGAGAGACUCGACAAUCGGCUUGGAUUUUUCCAGAAGCAGUUGGGACUCAGUGCUGAGAAAACGCGAGAUGUUGUGACACGCCUACCAAAACUACUGUGUGGCAGUUUAGAGCCAAUUAAGGAGAAUCUAAAGGUUUGUGAACUGGAGUUUGGAUUUCGUGGAAAUGAAAUGCAGCACAUUGUGACCACAGUUCCUAAAGUUUUAAUCGCUAAUAAAAGAAAACUCACCCAAAUAUUUGACUUCAUUCACAACACCAUGGAUGUUCCACACUCGCUUAUUGCAAAGUUCCCACAGGUCCUUAAUGCCAAAUUCCUUCGCAUCCGGGAGAGACACUUGUUUCUAGAGUACUUAGGCCGGGCCCAGUAUCAACCAUCUCAACCCAACUACAUCUCCUUGGAUCGCUUGGUGUUCCUGCCUGAUGAUGUUUUCUGCUCAGAAGUAGCAUUGGCCACUCUUGAAGACUUUGAAAGAUUUCAGAAAACGUUGUAGAUAGUUAAUAGUUGUGUUGUAUGAACAUAGUUUUAUAAAUAAAAGUUGAACUGGACAUACCACCUAUUCAUUUUGAUCCUG